GUGUCUUCCGGCAGCAGAGAGCGGCGGUGGGAGCGGGUGAGUGGCGGAGCCUGCUGGCGGUGGCGGGAGCACAAUGAACGUGGAACAUGAAAUUAGCCUCUUAGUUGAGGAGAUUCGACGGCUGGGGACCAAAAAUGCCGAUGGACAAGUGAGUGUGAAAUUUGGUGUGCUCUUCGCUGAUGAAAAGUGUGCCAACCUCUUUGAAGCCCUGGUGGGAACUCUUAAGGCUGCAAAACGACGAAAGAUUGUCACUUACCAAGGAGAGCUGCUUUUACAAGGUGUUCAUGACAAUGUUGAUAUCAUGCUACUGCAAGACUGAUGCAAUGUGCAUUGCAGCAGUGUUAACUGUAUUGCUGGAGACAGUGACUUCCAACAUCCUCCGAAUCAGACUGAUCAUUCUUAUGUGUUUUGAUGCAUUUUCUAUGUCUUUAUAGUUGAAAGGAAAUUUUCCUAUUUUGGAAAAACAUUCCCUUUUGUAAUUCUUCCUAAAACAGUACUGUACACCAUCAAGGUAAAAGAUGCCAGUUCUUUUUAUUUUUAUUUUUGAAUCUCAGGUAAUACUCUUAAGUGGUGGUUAUUUUCAACAUAUGAAGAAUGGAGCUGGUAUUUUAAUGUUUACAAAUCAAAACGUGCCAUGAAAGUAAAAAAUAAAGGAACACGCUUCAGUUUA